AUGGUUUCAAGCAGAGUGCCAUACGAUCAACCACCAGCUGUUCCCUACUGGCCCUACUCCACCUCUGACUUCUGGAACUACGUUGAAUACUUCAGAUCCAUCGGCGCCUACAACCACAUCAACGAGAUGGCCCGGGCCUUCUUCGCCCACCAGCACCUCGGAGACACUCUGGGAUACGAGACCAAUGAGGGACAUGAACACUGAAAGAGGGGAUGAAAGGAGCCUGGAGGGCAGGAAGAGGGCAGGGAGGGAGCUGCUGAGAUAUCCUGAGUAAAUAAAAUAAAAAUGCAUUUCUUACUUUGACAGAAAGGAGAAAGAUUUUGAGGAAAUACAUUUAGAAAUGAAAUGUGAAGAAGAAAAGGCAUAGUGUAGCAUAUACAUAUAUCACUGUUUGAAGUGUAUACAAAUAGAAUACAAAUGUAGAGUAUGUAGCCCUGUUGUAGGAUUGUAUAUUAUCUUCA